AUGCCACAAAAAUUUUAUUUAUUAAUAUUAACAGUUUUUUCAAUAUUAUUAACAAAAAUUAACUGUGAAUUACAAUUACCUUACUUUUAUUCAUUUGAAAGUACUGGAAAUUUUCAAGUUAUUAAUGUUGAAACUAAUGAAGCCGUUUUAAAUAGUACACUAUCGAUUGAUUUACAGGUUUUAUUAGUUUAUGGGUCAACUAUUUCCACAGUUUCAAAUAAACCAAUUUUUAAUUUAUUCGUUUCAGAAAUAAAUAGUAGAGUUUUCUAUACAAUUGAUUAUGAUUCAGAUUCCAAUCAAUUUAGUAAUAAAAGUGUACAAUUAACGUUACCAACUACUCUUGGUUUUGAAUACGACCCUUCAACAUUUUUCUACAACCCAGUUACAAAUUCAUUCAUUUUACCUUGUCACAUUGAUGGUUUAACUCAAAAUGUUUUAUCCUUUAUUGAAUGGGAUUUUAAAAAUUCAAAAAUAAAUACUUAUAAAAAUGUAGAAAGUUUUAAAUAUAUGACACUUCCAAUAUCAGCAUAUAAUCCAUAUACUGAUGAAUUAUUUACAUUUUUAACAGGUCCAAAUAAUGCACCAUAUGUUCAAAUUAAUAUGAAUAAUUCAUUUUCAGUUGAUAAUGUAAAGGUUAUUAAAUUCCCAAGUAAGAGUGCAACAUUACCAAAUAUUGGCAACAUAUUUAUAAAUACACAAGGUGGGUUAGUUGGUACUGGCUAUAUUGAAGGAACAUCGGAAUUGUUUGUUUGUGAAAUUGAUUUCAAAACAUUAUCAUGUUCAAUCGAAUAUACAACUUUAAUUUCAUCAUUUGAUAAUAAUUUCUCUGUAAUUUAUCCAUCAUCAGAUUUAUCUUAUUUAAUUAUAUUGGUUGGAAAUGGUUUCAAUUGUGAUACUAUUGAAAUUAAUUAUUUAAAUUUAUUUACAUAUAAAGUAGAUUAUACAUUUAAAAUUAAUAAUUUCUUUAAAAAUCCUCAAGAUAGUCCAGUACUUUUUUUCUAA